AUGAUUAUCAUCGAUGAUAUUUUCGAAUUGAAACCGAGCUGCAGAUUUCACGAGUCCGCAGGACGAGUGAAAUGUGCUGCUUCGGUUUUAAUGACGACAGCGAGGAGAUCAGUAAGACCCUGGGUACAGGGCCUCUGUGGGGGUCCUGAUGCAACUGGGGACAAGAAGGGCGAGCCGCCCCUCGAGCGGCUCACCGUCCACACGCCGCGGCAGCUGUGGGACGCGGUGCUCAGGGACCACACGCUCUACGUGGCCCUGCCUCAGCACGUGCUGCCCGACGGCUCGCGCGAUGACUUCGUCGCUCUAUUGGAGGCGGCCGAGGAGAAGCUCGAAUGCCAGCACGUCGUAGUGUAUGUACCGAUUGCGGCAAAGGCCACGUCGUUUGACGGUGUGGAUCACCUGAUGUUCUUACAUCUCGCCUCUGUUGACUUAACAACCGAGCAUAUAAGCUGA